AGCACGAAUGUAGCCCACAACUGUUGGAAUUUUCUCGGACUAUGGACAUAUUGUGUUACUUACUAGUCAUCGUUUUGUUAAAUUUCCACGCAUAUCGAGCUUAUUCGCAAUGUUUACCUGGAUGCAGCUGUACAACAGACCGCCAUGGAAGGUCGCUGAUUUGUAUGGAGGAGAGAGCCUAUGGGGCCAUACCAGAGAAUCUUCCAGAUGAUAUGACCAAAAUACGAAUAGAAAAAUCUCACUUCACUGAAAUUCCUCGGGGGGCUUUCUCUAAAGCAUCUGCUUUGGAAAACCUGUGGCUGAACUUCAAUGACAUCACUGUGAUAAACUCAAGGGGUCUGGAGGGUUUGCGGAAUCUGACCGAGCUCCGUCUGCAAGGCAACAAACUGCGCUCAGUACCAUGGACAGCGUUCGAGGACACGCCGGCCUUGAAGAUCCUGGACCUGAAGCACAACCAGCUGGACGUCCUGCCGGAGCAUGCGUUAAAGUUUUUGCCAGGUCUGACUUACUUAGACUUAUCCUUCAAUCAGCUUACGGUCAUUUCGAAAGAGGUCUUUCUAAACUGGCCUCUCUAUCAGAGACUACAAACCGAGGAGGAGCAGGAGGCGACCGGAUUGGGGCCCAAUGUCGUGCUGGCGCUUCACGACAACGCCUGGCUUUGCGACUGUCGCCUGAAGGGUUUCGUGGAGUUCAUCAGGUCCCUCAGGCCUCCAAUCAUACUGAUGAACUCCUACUUGACUUGCUCCGGGCCGGACUUUAGGGCGGGCAAAUUCUUCCAUGGGGUAGAGCUUCAGGCGUGCAUGAAGCCCGUGGUCACCACCCCGUCCGCCAACAUCAGCAUGCCUCAGGGGGCAAACCUCACACUGCACUGCCUCGCCCAGGCCAGGCCCAUCCCCGCGGUGUGGUGGACAUAUGGCCUCAAGAUAAUCAGAGGAUUUCAUGAGUCUCAGGACAGAGUCGACGAGGACACCAUCAGACUGCGCCUGGUAAUCCCGUCCCUUCAUAUGGCUGACCGUGGUGUCUACACCUGUAAUGCUGUGAACUUCAUCGGAAACUCCUCUGUCAGCAUCCUCCUGGACGUCCACUCUCCAGGCGGCUCCCAGUUGUCACUCUCCCCGGGGUUCCAGGCCCCUGCUGGCACUGCUGAGGAAAACGUCUACAUCGACAUCCGCAUAGCCAAGCAGACAGCGCGUGGCAUAACCAUUGAGUGGUACGCUGUCCUGGACAACCCGUCAGAAACCUGGUUCACCGUCCACUUUGGCCGCUCAGAUUCUGCCAAGAAGGAGAUGAUCUACAUUGGCCCUGGAAUUAACUCUUACUCAGUGUCUGAUCUGAUGCCUGCAACCAAAUAUGAAAUUUGUGUCACCCUUAAGAACCAGGUGCCUCGUCCUGGCCAGUGCAUCGUCUUUGUAACAGGAAGUGACAUCACUCAGAUGGAACAGAGGGAGAAGUUAAUUCAUAUUGUGGUGAUAGUUUUAGCCAUGGUGCUGGCUGUGCCCAUUGGUAUAUAUGCCUGCACCACUGACACCAAGCUCGCCUGCCUGGAGGGCAUCCUGGCAUCUUGGAAGAACCGCCGGAGACAUGGCGGCACGGCGGAGACAGGAAGGGAGCGGCACGGCACUUUUGAUAGCCUGCAGGCGGGCAGUGAUGAAGGCCUGGUUAAUAAAGAUUCCAGUGAGGAGAGGAAGGUGAGGAGGAGGUCAGAAGACAGACAGCAUAAGGGCAAGACUGACCCCAGCAGACUCACAGCUGAACUUUAUUAAUAUUCAUUGAACCGAUAAGUGAAGUUAAGUGAAAAACUGAUCUUAUUUCACACUCAUGUCACACAAUGUUUAUAUCAUUUAUCUUAAAAAAUGAGUGCAGAUAAAGUAUCUAGGACUUGAUUGGCAACCAACAGCUUGUAUUAUGUAUAUGAAAAAAGUUAAUCGGUAACACUGGCUUUGAUAGUGACAAAUAGUAAGACCAAAAUUCAGAAGAAUCCAAAUCAUGUCUGCCUUGGUUUUAAUCUUAUCUCUUCCUCUGUUCUAGGCCGAGGAGUUUGUUGCAAAGAUGUGAGUGGUGACCGUUUUGUCAAGACUGUAUUUCAAGGAUUUGCACCACUGUAGAGAAUGUGCUGCUGUCUGUUUCUGUCUCAUUUGUUGUGUCAUGACAUAUUUCAGUUUCCAUUGUUUGCGCACAUUUUGAUUGCUAUAAGAAGCCACUGUGAAUGAUUUAAAUGUAAGGGCACUCAAGAUGACUCUUUUUUCCAUUCUUAGCACUUUGAGAUUGUUGUAUUUAUUUAUAUGUCUAUUUAUCUAUCUGUCCAUUUAUUUGUUAUUGGGUCCACCUUGUUAACAAUGUCACUUCAGUUUACACGUUUUGAUGUAAUUCUUCACCUAAAAAAAGAACUUUGAUAAAUAAGCCAGAUCAGAUUAAACAUCAGAUUAAAGUUUACACAUACUAUGUAUAAUGCAGUUAUAUGAUGAUCAGAUAUUAAUAGAUCAUAGGGAUGUUUUCUUUCCCUUGGCCACAGAAUGUAAUCAGUGGAUUUUGAGGAAAACACAAUAUAAAAUCUUACAUCUUCGCUCUUUCCUGCCACCAUCACAGCCUCCCUUAUCCUUCCCUACCUACCCCUUUUGUAAUGAAACUGUGUAUGAGGGUGUGUGUGUGCGUGUGAAUGUGAAUUUAUGCAAUAAUAUAAUAAUAUGCUAUUCAUUUAGGGACAUUUGGCCUUACUGAGUCCAUUAUUGUUUAAGUGGGAUUAUGAGUGACACCACUUAGCUGUAAAAAUUUGAACUACAUGUCCUUUUGAUAAUUUCUGUGUUUGCGGUGGAUAGAGCAUUUACUUAGUGACAUUUGUGUGUUUGCAAAUUUGAGGCAAAAGUUAAAACCUUUAACUCUUCAACUCCCAUGAUACUUUCUGCCAGGUUUACUUUUGCCAACAUUUAUUAUGGCAUAACAAGCACGUCAGAACAUAAGCUGACUUCAUUUAAUAAAGCAGAGUUUACUCAUGUUGUAUUUUAAUGAAUCUGAUCCAUAAUACCCUAGAGAGUUUAGAGAAACUUGUAAGGAAUGACAAGUAUCAGCAUCGGGAAGUUGUCCUUUCAUUUAUUAUUUUUCACUUUCAUUUCAGAUUCAGAUUCAGAUUCAGAUUACCUUUAUUUGUCAUUUUAUGAUAAUACAUAA